AUGAAAUUAGUGAUCGAGAAUAGCAUGCUUGGAAAGCAUUUAUUCAACAUGCAGUUUGAAUUUUGGUCAAGAGUACAUAAUACACAAAUAGACAAUGUAACAUUACAAGUGCUAUAUAAAUCUAGAUCCCUCCAACCACGUUCAGAAAAUUUUACUGACACAUUUUGGCAAGCAUUUUGUGAUGCACUAAAAGGUGCAAAUAGAGACCCAAAUGGUCAAAGACAGUUUCUUUCAAUAAUUGCAACACAAUUUACGUAUCAAGAGCUAAAAUCAAAAUUAGGG